ACAAGAUAUAAAUCCAACUACAGACGGUUUUAAAACGGCUCAUGUGCAAUUGACUGCACCCGCCUUGUUUUCGUCAUUUCCCCACGAGCUUGUUCAAGUUUCUGUAGAGCUUCUACACAACGCCUUCUUACGGUUUUCGCUUGCGUUUUCCAUUACAAAACCUAACGAACUACGAAUAAGGAAAUAGAAAAAAAAAAAAAAGUCGACUACCUGCUCCCUCUGUUUGUCAAGAUCCUGCCACCAGAGAGAAACGGAAGGGAACGAAUCGAAUCGAAUCGAAAUAAAUAAGAAACAGGGGGCCCGGAUUGAGAGAGAGAGAGAGAGAGAGAAGUGAGUGAGCGGGGUCCUAUCAUACACUAGAAGCGCGGGGAUUUAUCUGGAGGGAGAUAUUCGCCGGGGAACACUUGCGAACGAGGAGGUGUGGGGGGAUGCAAUAAAUCCAAAUAUACCAUAUACCAUACGUUGGGCACAUUCCUCGCUGGGCGAACACACAAAGUCGGCAUAUAUUCCAACCUCCUUUCCUUUUCCUUCUUUAUUCCCCUUUCCCGCGCCCCGGUUCGCGACUAGAAUGGACUCGCUCGCUAGUCCGGCACCGUUUGCGGCGGGCGCAGAUGUUGAGAUGAACAUGGGUCUUGGGGAGGGUAAUGGUAGUGGUAAUCGGAAGGGUAUUCCUGGUGAGACGGGCGGUAAGGCGAAGGGUGUGAGGGUUGACGAGCCGCCGAAAUUCGAUCUGGAGUCAUAUAUUAGUAACUACAGUGGGAGAACGAAAUUUGCCAGACUCUACCUGAUCGGAGCCUGCUCAACGUUUCUCUCUGUUGAGGCUUUGAAGAUGGCAGUUGCAGACGCGAAAGGCGGGAAGGAUGUGAAUUCUUAUACCGAUGCUGUUGAAGCGUUGGCUCGCGUAGCUCCGCAAGACCCGGAAGCUAAACUUGAUGCUGCAUGGGUUGAUCAUACAUCUAAAGUAGUGAAGGCUGAGACAGAUCGGUUGGAACAUGAGCUCAAGGGAUAUAAGAAUAACUUGAUUAAGGAGAGCAUUCGGAUGGGCAAUGAGGAUCUUGGCCACCAUUAUCAUCGCAUUGGGGACCUCCCAAACGCUUCCAAAGCCUACUCUCGGAUGAGAGAAUACUGCACAACGACGUCUCACAUCGCGUCUAUGCUUUUCAAAAACAUCAACGUCGCUAUUGACCGCGGCGACUGGCUAGGUGUCCAAUCUAGCGUGCAGCGUCUACGCAAUCUACAAUUCAAGCCAGAAGACGAAGCAAAAAGCAAAGCCAAAAUGUUCGCUGCACUGGGCCUAUCCCAGCUCGCCUCAUCUGCCUACCACUCAGCAGCAAUAAACUUCCUCUCCACAGAUCCAGUCAUAGCGGACAACUACAAAGAGGUAAUCUCAGCCAACGACAUCGCCGUAUAUGGCGGCCUCUGCGCACUCGCGUCCAUGGAUCGUGCGGACCUGCAGACCCACGUCUUGGAGAACAAAUCCUUCCGCAACUUCCUCGAACUGGAACCCCACAUCCGCCGCGCCAUCUCCUUCUUCUGCGCCUCAAAGUUCCGGCUCUGCCUGGACAUCCUCGAAGCCUACCGUGCCGACUACCUCCUAGACAUCCAUCUCCAGAAGCACGUGCCAGUGCUUUACUCCUGCAUCCGCACCAAGGCUAUGCAGCAGUACAUCAUCCCCUACAGCCGGGUGACGCUCGAUGCGAUGGUUACAGUGUUCUCGCCAGGCCAGGCUGCGUCAAUCAAACCCAAUGGCGGCACCAUCGAUCUAAAGUCGCCGUUUAUCGUUGAAUUGAUCGAUAUGAUCCAGAAGGGAACGCUCGAUGCACGUGUUGACGUCGAGAAGGGCGUGCUUGUCACGACGCAGACGAAUACAAGAGAAAAUGUGCAAGCAGCUGUGAUCCAGAAUGUCAAGGAGUAUGUCAAUACGGCGCACAUUCAGCUGCUGCGGAUGAAUAUUUUGCAUGCAGGCUUGGAAGUUCCCGCGGUUGGCAUUGAAGGGGAUGGUGGGCGUGGGGGUGGCGGUAUGCGUACCAGGGCUGCUGUGGCGGAGGCGGCGAUGAGAAAGGGUUUGUCGCUGGGGAAAGCGUCGAAGGGACGUAAAGGCAAAGGUUGAUUUUUUUGCGGUGCGGAACGAUACUGGAUUUGUCAAGUUAUGAAUGUCUAUACUUUGAAAGCCUCUAUGGGUAUCAGAGGCGUUGUUGAUAUGAUGGGUAUGCCUGAUGUAUUACGAGUCUGACUUUGUUUUCUUCGGAUGAUAGAGCGCUCAGCGAAGAAAUGAAGAAACAUACAUGUUUAAUGUUUAUUUGAACUCUUGUAUCAACCAUGAUAUGUCCACAAAUCGACCUAGUUUAAUAAUAUAUCCACACGACAUUAUAUGUUGCCAGUCAAAUCUAAUCAUUGUAUAUCACACCC